GAAACUCACCCUCUUUCUGGGGCUUUUCUCACUUCCCCAAUUUGUGCCUCCUCCACUCCUCCAGUUCGCAUCUCGGGUGGGAGGGAUAAGACGCCGAGCGAGGAUCAAAUUUGGGAAAUGAAAUGAAAAAGGUGCGACUAAGUGGUGCAUGACACGUUUCCUCACACAAGACUCCGAGGACGAAUCAGAAAGAGAGCCACAGAAACAGGAGACUGCUUGGAGAAAAGAAAGAGAGGAAGCUGAACUUCCAGGUGUGGGCUCUGCUAUGAAUCAGUGUGAGGACAGAGAGGAGGGAGUCCCUCCCUCUAAAAGCACUCUGUGUGGGGAACAUGACAGCCAGACCAAAGCUCAGAGCCCAGAGCAGCAGCAGGGACCAGACUCUGCUGGACCUGGACCUGGACCCAGCUGUGUGUCCAUCAAGUGUGACUGGUCUAUGGACAAAGCCAUUGUCUUCAAAGGUGGACCCCACUCUGCUGGACCUGGACCUGAACCCAGCUGUGUGUCCAUCAAGAGUGACUGGUCUAUGGACAAAGCCAUUGUCUUCAAAGGUGGACACCACUCUGCUGGACCUGGACUUGAACCCAGCUGUGUGUCCAUGAAGAGUGACCGGUCUAUGGACAAAGCUAUUGUCUUCAAAGGUGGACACCACUCUGCUGGACCUGGACUUGAACCCAGCUGUGUGUCCAUGAAGAGUGACCGGUCUAUGGACAAAGCCAUUGUCUUCAAAGGUGGACACCACUCUGCUGGACCUGGACCUGAACCCAGCUGUGUGUCCAUGAAGAGUGACCGGUCUAUGGACAAAGCUAUUGUCUUCAAAGGUGGACACCACUCUGCUGAUCAAAGGAUCCAUCGGCAGAGACCAGAUUCUCCUGGACCCAGCUGUGUGUCCGUGAACAGCGACCGUCAUGUCCCUGUUCACUUCAAAGCUGGACAUAAUGAUGCUGAACAAAAAGUUGAUGAGCAGAGCUCAGAGGUUCCCAGUGGUCAGUCUGCCCAGCAGCAUCAAACAGACCUGGACUCCAUAUUUAUGCUGCUCCAGGAAAACAUUGGCAGGUUUGUGAAGAACGAGGUGAAGAAGUUCCAGAGAGUUCUGAGUCCAGAUUACCCAGCAUGCUUAGGGAGGGAGGAGGAGGAGGUGUUGGACGGUGAGGAGGAGGAGCAGAGGAGGAGCAGCAGAGAGGCAUUUCUGAAGAUCACACUGCACUUCCUGAGGAGAAUGAAGCAGGAGGAGCUGGCUGAGCGUCUGCAGAGCAGAACUGUUGCUGCAGUGUGCCGACGUAAACUCAAGUGUAACCUGAAGAAGAAGUUCCAGUGUGUGUUUGAGGGGAUUGCUAAAGCAGGAAACCCAACCCUUCUGAACCAGAUCUACACAGAGCUCUACAUCACAGAGGGAGGGACUGCAGAGGUCAAUGAUGAACAUGAGGUCAGACAGAUUGAAACAGCAUCCAGGAAACCAGACAGACCAGAAACAACCAUCAGACAAGAAGACAUCUUUAAAGCCUCACCUGGAAGAGAUGAACCAAUCAGAACAGUGAUGACAAAGGGAGUGGCUGGCAUUGGGAAAACAGUCUUAACACAGAAGUUCACUCUGGACUGGGCUGAAGACAAAGCCAACCAGGACAUACAGUUCACAUUUCCAUUCACUUUCAGAGAGCUGAAUGUGCUGAAAGAGAAAAAGUACAGCUUGGUGGAACUUGUUCAUCACUUCUUUGCUGAAACCAAAGAAGCAGGAAUCUGCAGCUUUGAAGAGUUCCAGGUUGUGUUCAUCUUUGACGGUCUGGAUGAGUGUCGACUUCCUCUGGACUUCCACAACAAUGAGGUCCUGACUGAUGUUACAGAGUCCACCUCAGUGGAUGUGCUGCUGACAAACCUCAUCAGGGGGAACCUGCUUCCCUCUGCUCGCCUCUGGAUAACCACACGACCUGCAGCAGCCAAUCAGAUCCCUCCUGAGUGUGUUGACAUGGUGACAGAGGUCAGAGGGUUCACUGACCCACAGAAGGAGGAGUACUUCAGGAAGAGGUUCAGAGAUGAGGAGCAGGCCAGCAGAAUCAUCUCCCACAUCAAGACAUCACGAAGCCUCCACAUCAUGUGCCACAUCCCAGUCUUCUGCUGGAUCACUGCUACAGUUCUGGAGGAGGUGUUGAAGACCAGAGAGGGAGGAGAGCUGCCCAAGACCCUGACUGAGAUGUACAUCCACUUCCUGGUGGUUCAGUCCAAACUGAAGAACGUCAAGUAUGAUGGAGGAGCUGAGACAGAUCCACACUGGAGUCCAGAGAGCAGGAAGAUGAUUGAGUCUCUGGGAAAACUGGCUUUUGAGCAGCUGCAGAAAGGAAACCUGAUCUUCUAUGAAUCCGACCUGACAGAGUGUGGCAUUGAUAUCAGAGCAGCCUCAGUGUACUCAGGAGUGUUCACACAGAUCUUUAAAGAGGAGAGAGGGCUGUACCAGGACAAGGUGUUCUGCUUCGUCCAUCUGAGCGUUCAGGAGUUUCUGGCUGCUCUUCAUGUCCAUCUGACCUUCAUCAACUCUGGUGUCAAUCUGCUGGCAGAAAAACAAUCAACCUCCUGUCGUUCUAAAGUCUUCAAAAACAAACCUGAAUUAACACAUCUCUACCAGAGUGCUGUGGACAAGGCCUUACAGAGUCCAAAUGGACACCUGGACUUGUUCCUCCGCUUCCUCCUGGGUCUUUCACUGCAGACUAAUCAGACUCUCCUACGAGGUCUGCUGACACAGACAGGAAGUUGCUCAAAGACCAAUCAGAAAACAGUUGAGUACAUCAAGAAGAAGAUCAGUGAGAAUCUGUCUCCAGAGAGAAGCAUCAAUCUGUUCCACUGUCUGAAUGAACUGAAUGAUCGUUCUCUAGUGGAGCAGAUCCAACAGUCCCUGAGUUCAGGAAGUCUCUCCACAGAUAAACUCUCUCCUGCUCAGUGGUCAGCUCUGGUCUUCAUCUUACUGUCAUCAGAAAAAGAUCUGGAUGUGUUUGACCUGAAGAAAUACUCUGCUUCAGAGGAGGCUCUUCUGAGGCUGCUGCCAGUGGUCAAAGCCUCCAACAAAGCUCUGUUGAGUGGCUGUAACCUCUCAGAGAGAAGCUGUGAAGCUCUGUCCUCAUUUCUCAGCUCCCAGUCCUCUAGUCUGAGAGAGCUGGACCUGAGUAACAACAACCUGCAGGAUUCAGGAGUGAAGCUGCUGUCUGCCGGACUCGAGAGUCCACACUGUACACUGGAAACUCUCAGGUUGAGUGGCUGUAACCUCUCAGACAGAAUCUGUAAAGCUCUGUCCUCAGUUCUCAGCUCCCAGUCCUCUAGUCUGAGAGAGCUGGACCUGAGUAACAACAACCUGCAGGAUUCAGGAGUGAAGCUGCUGUCUGCUGGACUCCAGAGUCCACACUGUACACUGGAAACUCUCAGGUUGAGUGGCUGUAACCUCUCAGAGAGAAGCUGUGAAGCUCUGUCCUCAGUUCUCAGCUCCCAGUCCUCUAGUCUGAGAGAGCUGGACCUGAGUAACAACAACCUGCAGGAUUCAGGAGUGAAGCUGCUGUCUGCUGGACUCGAGAGUCCACACUGUACACUGGAAACUCUCAGGCUGUCAGGCUGUCUGAUCACAGAGGAAGGCUGUGCUUCUCUGGCCUCAGCUCUGAGCUCCAACCCCUCCCAUCUGAGAGAGCUGGACCUGAGCUACAAUCAUCCAGGAGACUCAGGGGUGAAGCUGCUGUCUGCUGGACUGGAGGAGCCACACUGGAGACUGGACACUCUCAGGGUGGACCAUGGUGGAGAGCAGAGGUUAAAACCUGGUCUGAGGAAGUAUCUCUGUGAACUCACACUGGACACAAACACAGCACACAGAAACCUCAAACUGUCUGACAACAACAGGAAGGUGACACAUGUGACAGAGAAGCAGCCAUAUCCUGAUCAUCCAGAGAGAUUUGACUUCUGGCCUCAGCUGCUGUGUAGAAAUGGUCUGACUGGUCGCUGUUACUGGGAGGUCGAGUGGAGAGGAGGAGUUUAUAUAUCAGUGAGUUACAGAGGAAUCAGAAGGAGAGGAGACAGUAAAGACUGUGUGUUUGGAUGUAAUGAUCAGUCCUGGAGUCUGAUCUGCUCUGAUAGUCGUUACUCUGUCUGGCACAAUAACACAGAAACAGUCCUCCCUCUCUCCUCCUCCUCCUCUAACAGAGUAGCAGUGUAUGUGGACUGUCCUGCUGGCACUCUGUCCUUCUACAGAGUCUCCUCUGACACACUGAUCCACCUCCACACCUUCAACACCACAUUCACUGAACCUCUUUAUCCUGGGUUUAGGUUCUGGUUCUGGUCCUAUGGUUCCUCCUCAGUGUCUCUGUGUUCUGUGUAGGAGGGAGACAACUUCCAGUCCUGUGGUUUAAAUGUUGGUGGUGGACGAGGCUUCACUUUGGUUAACAUCUGGCUCACUGAUUGUGCCUUUAAUGUCAGAAAUGUGUUUUCUUAGAAAUGGUGAAAUGAUCUCAGGGCUGAACUUGUUGUGUACAAACUGUGUUGACUCUGAUUUUCACUUUAAUAAAGUUUUCUUGGAGCAGCAUCUAGUAGCUGCUGAUGGCUGCAGAGCUUCUCAUUUAUUUCAAUAAAGGUUUGAAAACAAAAA